CUUGCCUUGCAAUUUCAUAACUUAAUUGGCAAAACGGAUUGGCACUUUUCUACCGGAAAGUGCCAUGAUGCUAAUUGUAAUGCUUUUGUAUAGGCAUUUAUUUAAAUAGUAUAUUAUCAUUCUUGCUUAUGAUUACAGCCUCUUGUAUGUAGCUGAGUAAACGCAGGAAUGUAUGGCAAGCCAGGAAGUCUCAUUAGUAAACAACACUUAUAUUUUCAUCUUAAGUAUGUUUUUAAAUUUAAACUAAUUAAUCAUUACCGUGUUGGUAAGUAUUGUUGCAGCUAGGUUGCAACUGGAAAAUGAGAAUCUAAGGUUCACUUUUUUAAAAGCACAUACAAACAAGAUAUGGUGGACCUCGGAACUUCUGAGCAGCCACUGCUGCUAAUGAUUUUUAGAAAUCAGGCGUGAUCAUUUACACCUAUAAAAACAACCAAGUGAUUAGCUACUGGAAAUAGUUUCAGUGACCUCUCUGGCCUCCCAAAAUAAGUCAGUGGUAAAAUUGUAACUCAAAUUUGGGAAGGCAUAUGUGUGGACAUAUUCAGGCUGGUAUAUACAGACAAAUUGGCAAUUCUGUGCUUUUAAGGAGCAAGUUUAUAUAACCUAAACAAAUUAAGAAAUUUCACAUUAGUUCAAUUAUUCAAUUGAGUUCAACAAAUUCUUGCUCUCUAAGCUUUCAUAAUACCAUUCCUAAAUAAAAAAUUAAAACUUUUUUUGGUUCAACUAGUUUUAAAAUAACAAUCCCUCCAGCCACCUCGGGCCCUUAGACACAGGUUUCUUAAGCUGCUGUCCUGCAUUGUGUAUAUCCGUCCUUUUUGCGCUCACGCACGUUUGUUUUCCCUUCUGCCAAGGUGCUGAACCAGAUGGGAAGAAAAAAAUGCUGGGUGUUAAACCUCUAACACAAUUGCAGAUUCAAAGAUCACAAGCAACUGUCCUGUAAACACAAGGGGAGAAAACCAAUCCUAUUUGGUAACAAUGAGGUAUUUUCACUUCUGUAAGCUUCCAGGAAGAGUUAUGGGAAUCCGCCUACUACGCUUGACUUCUGUGGUGAUCGUUGUCUUACUUCUUGUGGCAGGUGCUUUAACAGCUUUGCUUCCCAGUAUCAAAGAUGACAAAAUGCCCAAUCUGAGAAGGGAACCAAAAACUCUGAGUCAAUCUGCCUUGGAUUCAUUUACUCUUAUUAUGCAGACAUAUAAUAGAACUGACUUACUGCUAAAGCUCUUAAAUCAUUAUCAAGCCAUCCCCCACCUACAUAAAGUAAUCGUUGUGUGGAACAACAUUGGUGAGAAGAUACCGGAGGAAAUGUGGAAUUCCUUGGGGCCUCAUCCUGUCCCUGUUGUCUUUAAAGUUCAAACUGUAAAUCACAUGAGGAACAGACUCCAGAAUUUCCCUGAGCUGGAAACGAAAGCUGUUUUAAUGAUGGAUGAUGACACACUAGUCAGUGCUCAUGACCUUGCUUUUGCCUUUUCUGUUUGGCAGCAAUUUCCAGAGCAUAUAGUGGGAUUUGUUCCUAGAAAGCACAUUUCUACUCCUUCAGGUGUAUACAGUUAUGGUAGCUUCGAAUUGCAGAACCCUGGAUUUGGAAACGGAGAUCAGUAUUCUAUGGUUCUUAUUGGUGCAGCAUUUUUUCAUAGCAGAUAUUUAGAAGACUUUCAAAGACAGCCAGAAGCUGUUUAUGCCUUAAUAGAUGAAACUCAAAAUUGUGAUGAUAUUGCCAUGAAUUUUCUGGUAGCAAAGCAUACUGGCAAGCCUUCAGGGGUGUUUGUGAAGCCUGUUGAUAUAAGAAAUUUAGAAAAAGACACUAACAGUGGCUAUUCUGGAAUGUGGCACCGAGCAGAGCAUUUGUUACAGAGAUCUUACUGUGUAAAUAAACUGGUUAAUAUUUAUGAUGGCAUGCCUUUAAAAUAUUCUAAUAUCAUGAUUUCUCAGUUUGGUUUUCCUAAUUAUGCCAAUCACAAAAAUAAAUUAUAAGCCAAUGAAUUUAAGGGGUUAGAUGUUAAACAAUACUCAGUGAAGUGUACUGAGUUCAAGGAGAGAAGAAGGUGCAAUUACUGCAUCUUGGCCAUCUUAUUUGUAGCCUCUGAAUUUUUUCCAUAUGGCUUUUUAUGUAAUUUUUUUCUUCCCCUUUCUUACUAAUUUUCCAGGGUAAGCUUUUAGAAAACUUAAAUAUACACCAAUGUUUAGCUGUGAUAAAAUCACCUUCUUUCCUUAAAAUCUGAAAACCUAUUAGUUCAUUAGGCCAGUUCUUCAGAAACUUGCAGACAAAAAUUGACUCCUACCCUGCAGUGCUUAUGCUUUGAUAUUUUUUUUAAAAAAUAUGUAUCUAGUCAAAUGAGGUCUAGGCAUGUAUUUGAUAAUUACCUGUUGAGAUGAUUCCUUGCCUUCCCGCUCCUGUCCUCACCCCCUCCUACCCAGUUCCCAGUGAAACUAUAGAAGGGCUACAGUAAACUGUUGGCCAGGCUUCUAGACUCCUGUACAAAACACCUUUGAAGUUUGUAUAUAAGCUGUUCUUUAUUCUGAGAUGUUUCUGAACCUCCUACAAAAGCCAGCCAGGAAACAGUAGCUCAUCUUAAUCUAAGAUAGUCCUAAAACCAUUGCCUGCAAUAGCUACUACUGCUGAGAUAGUGGAAAAUUAUCUCUGAUGUGGCUUUUUCCCCGAUUAUUAAUAUGCCUAGAGUUGCUGAAACACUGCAAGCAGCUGAAAAGUAAAACCUAGCAGUUGGAAAUGUAAGAAACAUGAAUACAUGAAAUAUGAAACUUAUAUAAGCAUCCAGAAGAAAUGGAUGGGAUAUUGCUUAUUAAUACUCUAUUUAAUACAUAGUUUUAUUUUGAUAUUUUGCAUGUACAUUGUUACAAAAAUGUGCCCAAAAAAUCCUCACUUUUUAAAAAUGUCUUAUUUACAAUUCCUAAUAAGAGCAAGCUGUUCUGCAUUUAUUACAGAGUGUACACUUUGUAAUAUGACAGAUCUACUUUUUUAUAACUACUCCUUCAAAUGAGUAUGCACUUUUUCGUUCUUUUCAUCUCCAAUUUUGGUGGCUAUGACAACAGAAUUAAAAUGUGCAAUGAAUAGGUAAACCCUUAUUAAAAAAAGGUUUGAGUUACAGUGAUAUUUGACAGGGCUGGACUGUUAUCAGUCUCUGAAUCCCCUGGUUUCAUCUAUAAAAAGAAACAAAGCUAUUAAAAGCUUUGGUUAGAUUUGGAUUCUGCAGUUCUGGAAACAUCAUGUUAACAUAGACAGGACACACCUUUCACGUUGCAGUUACAGAACUUUUUUGUGGUAGGAGGAAAUAACAAAAGAUGGUGAUUUUCCUGGAUCACAGGAAGGAAUCAAUUCUGGCAUCCAAAGUAGAUAUAGUUUCAUCUGUAUCAACUCUUAGUUGAUUCUUAGUAUCAGUUCAAAGGUAUCUGUGGGUAAUCAAUAACAGCUAAUACCUAGUACGCAGAUAGCAUCUGCACAAAUGGUGUAUAAUUUUUUGUAAUUUUAGCUGAACAAAGUGGUUGAAAAAUGUGACAAGUUCUUUAUAGCAGGGAUGAUUCUGGGGUUUUUAGGUUUCUUUGGGGGAAUGGACAAUUCUGUCAGUGUUAAAGUUUGGUUUCUGCUCAGUGAAGUCUCCCUAGUACUUUUGCAAGAUUUAAAGGGCAAAAAUCCUGAAACAGCAAUGUAAAGUCUGCUUAAUUUUGUUUUAAUAGUGAAAAGUAGCUUUUAUUUAUUGUGCAAAGUAGUGAAAAGUAUUAUAUAAAUAGGUCUAUGAUCUUUCCAGAAAUGCAACUUUCCUAGUGGUAGUUUACUGCAUUUCAUUUACUUACUGGUCUGUAAUUUCUGUUCUGUGCAGUAUCAACUAGAAUUGUGAAGACUCACAGAUGUUGUUUACCUUACUUUUGAAAUGUGAAAUGAACUGUCAACUCAGCCAAAUCUUAGCAUCGGGUUCUUUGUUGGGGAGGAGUUGUUUUGGGUUGGUGUUUUUUUUUAUUAUUCUGUAUCACUGAAUGAAUUAAUAGAACAAAGCUUUUAUUAUACUGGUAAAUUUAAUUUGUACUGUUGUCAAAUAAAUUACAUAAAACAGA